AUGGCCGAGUUUUCAACUAGCAUACAGCCGACUGAGCUGACAACUCCACAAUCGACGGAAGACAUAGUCAUUGUGGGAUACUCGUUUAGGUUACCUCAAGAUGUCAACGAUGAUAAGGCGUUCUGGGAGGUUCUUCAGAAUAGAAAGAAUCUCAUGACAGAGUGGCCUGCGUCCCGAGUCAAUGCUGACUCCUUUAGACACAAUCCACAGCACAAGUUCACCGGAAAGGGAGGGCACUUCUUGAACGAUGAUGUGCAAACAUUCGAUGCCCCCUUUUUCUCCGUUACGGUUAAAGAGGCAGCUUCCAUGGAUCCAAUGCAGCGAUGGACCUUGGAGGCUUCCUAUCGUGCGUUGGAAAAUGCUGGGAUUCCCGUUGAACAACUCCGAGGAUCUCGGACUGCCGUCUUCUCCGCGUCUAUGAUCGAGGACUACUCUAGGAUGACGGCAAGAGACCCAGACAACAUUGAGAGAAUGGCAGCAACAGGUGGUACUGUCGCUUGCAUCAUUCCAAACAGAGUCAGCUGGUAUUUCGAUCUCCGGGGACCUAGCAUUCACGUGAACACAGCUUGCUCGAGUAGUAUGUCUGCUCUGGACAUGGCUUGCAAAUCUAUUCGUAGCGGAGAUGCUUCAUGUGCACUGGUUACAGGUUGCAAUGUUAUCAUGGACCCUGGCAUCAUUCAAUCGUUAUCAGAUCAGAACUUCCUGUCCCCCGAUGGCCUGUGCUAUAGUUUCGACCAUCGUGCUAACGGUUACGCAAGAGGAGAGGGCGUUGUUGUUCUUGUUCUCAAGCCUGUUGCUGAGGCAGUUCGCAAUGGUGAUACGAUUCGAGCGGUUAUCCGAUCAAUUGGGUCAAACCAAGACGGCCACACUCCAGUUCUUACACAACCCAGUGCCAAGUCCCAAGAGGACCUCAUUCGUCACGUAUAUGCUCAGGCGAAUCUGCCACUUUGUGACACCCGUUAUGUUGAGGCUCAUGGCACGGGAACUAAAGUCGGCGAUCCCAUUGAAAUGAAGGCCAUUGGGCGCGUAUUUCGCAAAUAUCGCUCCGCUGAAGAGCCUCUCUAUGUAGGCUCUGUUAAAGCAAAUUUCGGCCACCUUGAAGGAGCAAGUGCCUUGGUCAGCGUACUCAAGUCGAUUUCCGUUCUUGAAAAAGGAGUCAUUCCGCCCAAUGCCCUCUUCGAGAAGAUGAACCCUGAUAUUGAUAACGCCUUUUACAACACAACUGUUCCUACGACAAGUGUUGCAUGGCCCAACUCCGGCCUGCGAAGGGUGUCUGUGAAUUCUUUCGGGUUCGGUGGCUCCAAUACUCACGUGGUGAUCGACGAUGCCUAUAGCUACCUCAACGAUCGAGGAAUGGUUGGAAACCAUUGCACCGCGUCUAAGCCUCAUAUCAACGGCAUAAAUGGUAGCAAAGCCCAAACCAACGGGCAUCACCAGAAUGGAGAUAAUUUGCUUACCAACGGGAAUGACAAUGGCCCCCUCAAUGGCCACCAUCGAAGCAAUGGAACUAACCACGAGACCAAGAAUGGCUCUGCCGGCCUCGAUCUGCCCAAACUCCUCGUAUUCAGUGCUGCUGACGAGAAAGCGAUGAAACGUGUGAUGACAGCAUAUGAAGAAUAUUUCAUCAGCAACACCUCCAAAGACCGUUCUAAAUUGGCCAAACUGGCUUACACCUUAUCGGACCAUCGCAGCCGCAUGCUAUGGAGAUCAUACGCACUUGCCAGUCCUGGUUCAGAGACAGCUGAACCUUCAUUCUCACCAGCAAAAGCAAUACGCAGCUCGGCAGAUGCGAACCUAGCCUUUGUUUUCACGGGUCAAGGAGCACAGUAUGCUGGAAUGGGUCACGAUUUGUUGCAGUUUCCAGUAUAUAAAGAGACUCUCCGUAAGAUCGAUAGCAUCUACAGGGGAUUAGGUUGCGAUUGGUCCAUCCUCGCCAUCGAAGAUUAUCAAGACCAGAUUGAUAGUCCAAAUUACAGCCAGCCUUUGUCUACAGCUGUCCAGCUGGGUUUGGUGGAUUUGCUUAAAAGCUUCGGGCUCGCCCCCAAAGGAGUGGUUGGACACUCGUCUGGAGAAAUAGCUGCUGCCUAUUCAAUCGGAGCAUUGUCUCUCGAGUCUGCCUGCAAAGUUGCAUAUUUUCGGGGACAACUAGCCGGAAAGCUCAAGAGUGCUCACCAGUCUUCACCCGGUGCAAUGAUAUCCAUCAACCUAUCGGAAAACGAAGUUUCGAACUACCUCCAGUCAGUAGAAGGAAAGGACAUCAGUGCCUCUGUUUGCACCGCUUGCAUCAACAGUCCUUUAAACUGUACUCUUUCCGGUCCAGAGGACGCUGUUGACUUGAUUAAAAUCAAGGCAGACAAAGACGGCAUCUUUGCGCAAAAGCUCAAGACGGGAGUAGCCUACCAUUCUCCAUUUGUAAAGGCAAUUGCAGACGAGUAUUGUGCUCUUAUGGGCACUCUUGAGAGUGGCGAGAUGGAACAGAUCCCCAUGGUAUCCUCAGUCUCUGGAAAACGUGUCCUCCCCGCCGAGUUGACCAAUGCCCAGUAUUGGGUUAACAACAUGGUUUCGCCCGUUCGAUUCACGGAUGCCCUUCAAACGCUAACCCAGAAAUCCUCGACAUUGAAAGUUGGACUCAGCGGCUUUAGCGACAUUAUCGAAGUUGGUCCUCACCCUGCGCUCCGCCGGUCAGUAUUGGAUACAAUUGGACAGGAAGGAAACCGCAAGAAGCAAAUACGUUACACGGGGGUCUUGCAUAGAUCACGCCCGGCAGUGGAAACAACUCUGGAGGCUGUAGGGCAGCUCUUUUGUCUGGGCCACCAAGUUUCUAUCUCAUCUGUCAAUCAGAGAACGCCCUCAGAGUCUUCUGAGUUUCUUCUCGAUUUGCCCGAAUAUCCUUUCGAUAGAACUCAUCGCUAUUGGGCCGAGUCACGAAUCAGCCGUGAUUACCGGCUGCGAGGAAAAGUCCAUGGCGAAACCCUCGGCGUUCGAGCAUCGGACUGGAAUCCUUUGGAGCCUUCUUGGAGGAACUUCCUCACAGUAGAAGCAACUCCUUGGUUCAAAGACCACGUGGUUGAUGAGACAGUUCUUUUCCCCGCUAUGGGAAUGCUUGUCAUGGCAAUGGAGGCAGUGUAUCAGGCUGUGCCGGAAGAUCAAGCUGUGGCAGGCUAUUACUUCCAAACGGCGGAGUUCAAGAAUCCGGUUAUUAUUCAGGAGACCUGGGAAGAUCGUAUCGAAACCCAAAUGCGCCUUCGAACAGUCAACUCGCCAAAAGUUGCUGGAGAAUCUCAGUGGUUCGAGACAACUCUUUAUUCGUAUUCCCGAGACAAGUGGACAGAAUGUUUCCGGGCCACUCUCAAGGUGGAAUAUAAAGCAGCGACAGCUUCCGAGGCUAGCAAGCAAAGACUCGAAGCUCAUGGGGAAAUUCGACACUACUAUGACAAGGUCAAGUCAUCUUGCAACAAUUUCAUCUCCCCAGAUGCAUUUUAUCGGGAUGCAGCUAAGAAUGGUAUCCAGUGGGGGCCGACCUUCCAACUCAUUCAAGAUGCUUUCUACGAUGAGAAGAGAAAUAUUGCCAUUGGCAAAGUAGACAUAUCAAAGGGGAGACAUGCCACUAGCAGCCUUGUCCACCCUGCUGUGCUUGACCAAGCGUUCCACAUGCUCCGACUGAGCGGAGGGCAACAGCCUUCAGGAAAUAUUCCCAUUCGGAUCCAAGGGGCAUGGUUCGCUGCUUCCGGAUGGCAGUUGCCGCAUACCAACUCUAUUAGACUGGUUGCAAACUCCAAAGUCAGAUCAGCUGUCCAUGGACAAAGCACUGGAGAGGAUGGAAGUAUUCAUGCUCUAGCUGAUGAUGGGACAGUACUAUGUUCCAUCGAACGAGCAGUGACCUCCCCUGUUGCCAGGAACGAAGAAGACGAGGAAAGGAAGCUGCUGUACAAAAUAGAGUGGAAACCCCAGCUUAGCCUCAUGACGAAUGAGCAGCUGGAAAGAGAGUGCCUGUCACAGGUCCCUGCUCGAGAUGAAAGCCUUAUCUUGAGCAACCAUGUCAAGCUUGUAAAUGUCUUAGGUCUCGUUGCGGGUCGUACACUAAAGACAGUAGAUGCCUCCACAGUUCCCCAGAAGUUGUCGCGCCAUUUCAAGUGGCUUGAGGAUCAAGUCAAAAAUCUCUCUCCAAACCAGAGAGAGGAUGUUGACAAUCUCAGCGAUGAAGAAGUGGAAGCACGGCUUAUCGAAGUUGAAGAAGCACUCCCAGCCUGGGGAGUUUAUAUCGCCUGCGCAAGGAAACUUGAAAGCAUGCUGGCGGGCGAAGUUGACCCCCUUCAAAUUGUGUUCGAGUCCGACCAGGCGAAGGUGUUCUACGAAAACCUAUUUCUGAACCUCUGCUCUGACGGGCGGUUGUUCCCCGUUCUUGACCUGGCUUCUCACCAGAACCCGGCCCUUCGAGUUAUUGAAGUUGGUGCUGGAACUGGAGGCGUGACGAGACAUCUCUUCAAGGCCUGGGGUGAGCGCGAGAAGCGCACCGGAGCCCCCAGCUUUGCGCACUACACGUACACGGAUAUAUCACCGAUGUUUUUCGAAAAGGCCAGCAACUUGUGGUCUGACUUGGUGUCCCAAGAUCGAAUUUCGUUUAAGACAUUUGAUUUGGGAGUACCAAUCCAGGAUCAGGGUUUCGAAGCUGGAACAUAUGACCUAUUGGUCGCUGGAAGUGUUAUGCAUGCCACGCCAGAUCUGGAGUUUACAAUCCGCAACGUGAGAAAGUUGCUGAAACCCGGAGGAAAGCUUCUUCUCCUUGAAACUAUCAAACCAAGUGACAUCGCUGUCAACUUCAUGGCUGGUCUUGUUCCAGGCUGGUGGGUGGCAACAGAAGAGUGGCGAGCCAAUUCCGCUGCUGUGGACGAGUCAGUUUGGGAAAGAUGCCUACGGAACAACGGAUUCUCAGGCAAUGACCUUGUUAUCCGUGAUUACGAGACAGAACAGUGCCAUAUCAUGAGCAUAAUUGUCACUACUGCCGUUGAGGAGCCGAAGCAGGAUGUUCUGAAGGCUACCUCGAGAGUCGUUGUAGUCACCGAUGCCACACCGUCCGGCCAGCAGAGCAACUUGGCCACGGCCGUGGUAAACAAAUUUCAAGUAGAUGGGGAGUCGAGUGUGUGCAGCUUUACCGCUGCUUCACUCCAAGAAGCGGUGAAGAAUUGGAACGAAGAUACUGUAGUUAUCUUCGUCGGCGAAGUUAAUAAUAGGCCAGUGCUAGCCAACCUGAGCGAGGAUGACUUCUCCGCUUUACAGAUUUUGCUGAAGCAUGCAAAGAAUCUGAUCUGGGUAACGGGGACACAUUCCGAUGAUGAAAACUAUCCAGAUUACAGUCUCGUACCGGGAUUUCUCCGCACAAUUCGCGCUGAGCAGCCAGAGAAUCAUAUCGUGAACGUUGCUAUCGAGGAUAGAACGAACGAAGAGGACUGUGCAACUAUCAUUUUGACUAUCUUUGAUGAUGCAUUUGGACAGUUACCAAGCAAGGAGUUAGAGUACAGUGUUCAGAAUGGACAAAUAACAAUUGGCCGUGCAGUUGAAAAUGUUCCAGCGAACGAGGCUCACCGGGCCCUCGUCUCCGCCCAGCAAAAGGAUCUGAGAUGGGGAGAUGGGCCUGAGCUCCAACUCUCUGCCGGAACGCAUGGAGACCUCACCUCGCUACGAUUCGUCAGGGAUGAGUUGGCAGACACGCCGCUCGGCCAGAAUGAGAUUGAGAUCGAGGCUCAUGCAUGGGGCUUGGGAAGGCGAGAACUUGACUCAGCGCUUGGAUUGAUUGAUGAGGAUCAAGACAUGAUAGGUGGCGAUUGUGCCGGUAUCGUAACUCGGGUCGGCUCUGGGUGCGGAACCUCAAUCAAGGAGGGAGACCGCGUAUAUAUGACUACCAGAGGCAGCAUUCGGAAGCAUCCUCGUGCUUUGGAAACUUCCGUGAUCCAGAUCCCUGAUAGUUUAUCAUUCGAGAAAGCAACGUCAGAAAUUAUGCCGAGCAUGGUUGCCUACCGUGCACUAGUUGAUAUCUCCCAACUUGAGAAGCAAGAGCGGGUUCUGGUCAACGACGGUGCCGACAGUCUGGGGCAGUCAGCUAUUCGGGUUGCUCAAAGACAAGGCGCAGAAAUAUUUGUUACAGUCACCUCCGAGGAUCAAAGAAGAUUCUUGGUAGACAAUCUAAGCCUUCAGCAAGACCAUGUAUUCCUCUCUGAGGGUAGCUGUUUCGCCCAGCAGAUAUCUCGCGCCACAGGUGGCCAAGGUGUUGAUGUCGUCUUCAACCUACUCCCCGGCCAGGACGUAUUCCAAGCCUCGCUGGAAUGCCUUGCGACAAACGGUCACUUUGUCACUGUAAAAGGCGUGGAUACAGAUGCAAACAUCACUCUUACGUUAAACCAGAUGAAAGCAAACGUGACUUUCGCAACAGUCGACGUGUUGAGGUUAACGCCUAGGAAAACUUCCAAGCUGCUUCAGAAUACGGUAGAUUUGAUACAGGAGAGUUCUUAUAGAUUCAAGAAAGAUCUUGAAGUUUUCGAGGUCUCUGAAAUUGAAAAGGCUUUCCAGCAGCUGCAGAGUGGCGAGCUUACUGGCAGGGUGGUUGUGACACCCAAAGCGGAUAGCCUAGUUCCGCAAUUCUCCACCGACGAGAGAUCGUGGAAGUUUCUUCCAAAUGCAUCAUACCUCGUAGCAGGAGGCUCUGGAGGCCUUGGUAGAGACAUUAUCAAAUGGAUGGUACGGAGAGGCGCACGGCAUCUUAUUGUCCCAUCGCGAUCAGGCGCUACCUCAGAAGCCGCAAAGACAUGGGUGUCUGACCUGAAUGCAAGCGGCGUUAAUAUCGUCACCCCUCUGUGCGAUGUAGCUUGUCAUGACGACCUUUCUAAACUAUUGGAUGAAGUCUCAACUACGAUGCCCCCCCUUAGGGGCUGCAUCAACGCAGCAAUGGCUCUCGAGGACGCCAUAUUCCAAGACAACAUGAAGUUCUUACAAUGGGAUGCUACUGUCAGAUCCAAGGUUCAAACCUCAUGGACUCUCCAUAAACUUCUGCCCAAAGAUCUUGAUUUCUUCAUCAUGUUCUCCUCGCUCGCUGGAGUGGUUGGUCAGAUGGGCAGCGCGAACUACUCGGCUGGGUGCUCGUUCCAAGAUGCAAUUGUCCGCUACCGCCGCUCACAGGGACUCAGAGCGAUCUCUAUCGACAUUGGCUGGAUGGUCAAUGUUGGCAUCAUUGCAGAGAAGUUCACCUUCCAGCGCCAACGUCAGAUUGCCAACGACAUGCAAUUACUCACUGAUAUCGAUCUUCUUGCCCUUUUGACUAUGUGCUGUGAUCCCGACAUAGAAUACCCGCAGUUAGAAGAGUGUAGGGGUCAGAUACCUUUCGGACUGGAUAACCCAAGGAGGCAUCUUCUCUUGAACGAGCCGGUGCCUGCCAUCUUGGAUCGGCCUCUUCUAUCAACUUUCUCAUACGUUACUGGCAGUAACAAGACCGAUAAAGGGGCCAAGGACGAUGAGGUUGAGAAGGCAGUAGCCUUGUUCCGCCAAUCGUCCGACUCAGCGGAGAGGGUCGCGCUUGUUUUCCAAGCCUUGGCUGCUAGGCUUGGCCGGGCCAUGUCAAUUCCAGCAAGUGACGUAGAGCCAAACAAGGCUCUAUCAGCUUACGGUGUCGACUCUUUGAUGGCAGUGGAGCUCAGGAACUGGAUUGGAAGGGAGUUGGGUGCUACUGUGGCUGUAUUCGACAUUGUCGGUGCCAUGCCCAUCGCCAGCAUUGCAGACCUCAUUGCAGAAAGGAGCACCAUUGGGAAAACUGCAAAAUAA